AUGUAUCUCCAGAAGAGUCUUCUUCUGCUCGUGGCGACUGUGCUGAGUGCGCACAGCAUAUGGGCCAGGAGCGCAGCACCCAGGCAGGCAUAUGGCUACAGCAUGCCUCUGUGGCAGUUCCAGUUCCCCGAGAAGCCUCCGACCAGCCAGGACCAUCCCAACGAAGCCCCGGAGCCCCGACUCAUUGGAAAUGUGGAUGUGGGAUUUGAGGAUGAUUUGGUGGCUGAUCAACAGCUGCAACAGCUACUUCUUCUGUCGCCCGGCCUGAGUCCAGCCCAGUUCCUGCAACGCUAUCAGCCCCGGAGUCAGAGCGACGUUAAUGGCGGCCGCUCAUGGCUGGGCCACUUUAAUGGCAAAAAUGGUGGCAAUAGCGGUGGCACCACAUUCGUUGUAAUAACACCUGGUACUAUUCCAAAUAUCACCAAUACCAAUAACAACGUCAUAAACAACACGGCUACCAAUCCGGCCGCUGCUACAACGGGGGGCACCCGCAUUGGAGAGUUCAUUCGCAGCCCGAUCGCAUAUCCGGCCAGCACGUACUUCCGCACGCGCCAGGACGAGGCGUCCUCUCUGCCAUACUCCUCCGGCCUGUAUGGCUGGAAUGAGGCUGCUCUCUAUGGGUCAGCCUUGGAUGGACGUCUAGGAGGAGGUUUGGACGGAGGAUUGGCUGGAGGUUUCAGCGGCUUGUCUACUGGAUUUGGCAGUGGCGUUCCACUAGUGCCCAUUACCAUUGGCAACGAGGUACGCUACGUGCCACUCAACCUGCGCAUGUUCCGCCAGCUGGCCAGCAUCCCCAUCAGAGAGAACGAGGAGCGGGAGCGGGAGCAGGAGCGGGAGCAGGAGCGAGAGCGGGAGCAGGAGCGGCCUAUCGUAGAGGAUCUAUCCGUGCCAAUGGCUGACGAUUCCGAGCCCGAGGACCUCAUUGAGACGCUGACCAAUGGCGCUAGUGACACCCCAUCGAUGGCACCAUCGGGCUUUGGCCGCUUGGGCCAGCGGCUGAGGCAGCGUCCCAUAAUGAGGCGGAAGCAGCUGCAGAGCUUUGCCCAGAAUAUUCGUCGAGUGCAGUAUCUUUGA